AUGAAUAUAUCCAAUCAGAAGGGAAAAUGCGUGUUGAAUACAAUUUGUGACUUCCGCCAACAGUUGAAGUGUCUCCUCGACACAUUAGGGCUUUAUGUUGACGGUGUUUGCUGUCGUUUCUAUGGUUUAAUACUUAACUUUGAUGGUUUCAAACGUGGUCUCCUGUAUAUAUUCUUCUCGAUUUUUUGUUUCCUACCAUCGUUCAACAACGGUUACACGAUUGCUGCUGGAUGUUUCUUGGUAGUGACAGCAGCGCUUUACCUGGCAAAGCCAUUACAAAUGAAGAAAGCACCCACCUAUACGAUCGACCCAACCGUACGUAUUUCACCCAAUAGCGCAAGCGCUCAGGUUGCCGAUCCUACAGUAUAUGGCUCAUAA